CUAAUCCGAGUGGAAAAAACAUUGUUUCUAUUCGCAAAAAUAAUUUUAUUUAUUUGUUAUUUUUGUUCCGAGCACGUCAGUUAAGUGAGCGAAAUGGCAGAAUUUAGUCAUAUAAAGCUAGAAGAGCUUACGAUAUUUGAAACUUCCUCUGUGGAAGAGAAAAUUGUACUCGACAGCAGCGUUCGGUGCUCCGGUGAAGCGACUGUAAAGAAUGUCCUAAGAGAAUGCUUCGCUGAUAUAGAACAAGAUCCUGGGACGGAUAUCAAGCAUGAAGUUGAAACCACAGUAGCAGACAACGAUAUUAUAGUCUCUAGCUCCUGUAACUUGGACGGUUCAAAAAUAUGCAAUGCCGAUCAUCCACAGAAAAAGAACGUUUGCGAAUUCUGCAACAAGGAAUUUAGCACAAAAUAUGUUUUGGUGGAUCAUAGAAGACUUCAUACCGGGGACCGUCCCUUUGAAUGUGAUAUUUGCAACAAAACAUUCAGUAGCCUCAGAAAUCUACGCGACCAUAAAAAGGCUCAUACAGCAAAACCUAUCUUCGUGUGUAACAUAUGCCAACGACGUUACACCAUUCAAAAAAACUUAUUGGCCCACAUGAAGAUACACAGCACAGACUGUCCACAUCAGUGUCGAAUUUGCGGUAAAAAUUUCUCAACUGACACUAAUCUAAAAGACCAUAUGCCCCGGCACAGUAAUGAGCGACCCUUUAAAUGCACAAUCUGUAGCAGAUCGUUCAAGAGAUCCAGAGGAUUGAGGUUUCAUGUAAACACAACCCACAAGGCCGAUCCCUCCCCGAGAUCUCUAUCAUCAACACAACUAAAAAUUAAAACAAUCGCAAAAAAUUGCAGGAUACCCAGUCUUCUUUCUUGCAAUUCGAAAGGUUCGAAACUGCAGAAGCGCAGCGGGAAACGACAUUUUGCUUGUGAUAUCUGCAGCAGAACAUGCAGCACACCUGAACGUUUGCACCACCAUAUGAGUGCUCAUACAGGAUAUCGGAACUUCGAGUGUGACAUAUGUGGACGACGAUACAGCGUCAAAAGAAACUUAACAAUUCACAUGAGAAUACACCGCUCAGAUUGCAAGCAUAAGUGUACGAUUUGCGAUAAAAUAUUCGCAACUAACUAUUGUCUCCAAGAUCAUAUGCGCACUCACAGCGAUGAGCGAGCCUUUAAAUGUGACAUCUGUGACACAUCAUACAAGAGACCGGUAGAUUUAAUCCGUCAUAUGCAGAAGGUCCAUAAUGUCGAUCCCUCUUUGAGCAACGCAGAGAGUUUGGAACCAAAGCGGGCUGAUAACAACCGAAGCGAAUCUCCAGCGAAAUACAAUUGCGACAUAUGCGGUAAACAGUACAAAACAAAAAAUUCUCUUCGCUUACAUCAGGAACAUCACCUGAGCACUGUAGUGAGAUCCGACAGAAAACUUCAAUGUGAAAUUUGUAGCGAAACAUUUCUGCAAGAGUCAAAACUAGCACGACACAUUAAGGCUCACAACACAAAGCGACACCAGUGUAAAAUUUGUGGAAAGGCAUAUGCCCGUCCCCAGACUCUCCUACUGCAUAUGAGUUGUCACACAGGGGAGAUACCGUUGAAUCGUGAUAUUUGUGGUAUAUCAUGUGAGUCAGUGAAUACUUUGAGAGAACAUAAAAUGCAGCACACCGCCGAAAAGCCGCUUACAUGUGAAAUUUGUGGAAAAGUAUUUUCACGUCGAUACAGGUUCAUGCAGCAUAUGAAAUGCCAUACUGAUGAACGACCUUUCAAUUGUGAUAUUUGCGGGUCCGCAUACAAGUCAGUUGAUAGUUUGAAAAUACAUCAGAGAAAACACACCUCUGAGAAGCCAUAUAAAUGCGAAAUUUGCGGGAAAAGUUUCCUCUUUCCUUUCCUUCUACAGCGGCAUAUAAUUCGGCAUACUAAUGAACGGCCCUUUAAAUGCGGUAUGUGCGAACGCUUUUUUGGGUCAGCUGGUGAGCUGAGAACUCACAAAAAAACCCACAACCCAGAGUGUGAGCCCAAAUGAUCGGUUUAGGCUUUUCACUAUUGAAAAUGGCCUCAAAAAGUUUUAUGAAAAGUGUAGAAUAAUAACUCUGGCAUCUGUUAGAGGAGAACGUCGAAUUUUCCACUAAAUAAAGCUCACAGUUUACCUCGGAUCACAUUGCUGCUUUCUAUAAGGAGCAUGGGAUCUACCGGCCAAGUAGGAAGAUUCGUCAAUUCGCUAAAGCGGUUGCUGAUGAAAAUUAACGAGGGGGAAAAGAUUGCCAACACGCUUCAAGUGCUUUUUUACAGUUAACCUAGUAGGAAAGCAGCGUACAAUCCUCAGCCUACUUUUCCCAUCACAACGUCAGCCGGCUAUUGUAAAUCAGUAGCAGAAUGAGUAAAUCAACCGGAAACAUGAAACAGUCCCCCCCAGCCAUUUCAAACUGGAGCUCCGGUAGUAGGAGAAGUUAUUGAAGCUUUCGGCAAUGUGUUGCACGGAAGGCGCAAGCUGAUUCGAUCACAUGAAAACUAACUCAAGAAAAUAAGAAUUUCAUCGUAAGAUUUGUACCGCUUCACCAGGGAUACCAAAUGUACAGAUUUGUCUGCAAAACGCAGAUUUUUGGCGUCCGUGUGCAGAUAUUUAUUGAUUUGAAGAUAUUUGCAAUUUUUCCACGGUUUCUGCAGAUUGUUAUCUGAGUCUCCUUAUAUUUACGCAGAUUUUCUUAAAAUGUUUGCAGAUUUUUACAGAUUUUUGCCUGCGCGAGCGAAAUUUUUUCGGAUCACGGAUAAAUUUUUUUCAGAUUUCGAGUACAUUUUCCGGUUUUUCGAGCAGUUGCAGACAUUCUUCGAAAACAUCUGGCAUCUCUGGAAGCUCUGGCAGCUAGAGGUGGGAAAAAUGGUUCACUAUAGUGAGCGGAUCAGAGCGGUUCCGCUCACUAAGAUGAACUAGUUCUUUUUAACAGCUCACUCGCUCUUUUCGUUCCUACAUAAUUUUUGGUUUUUAUCAGUGUAGCUAAUUAUCAGACACUGCAAGCGAGAGCCAGGUGAAAGCUUUACACCCGAUUGGCCAAGCGCAAGGUCGCGCGCAAAAUUACAAUAGAACUCCCAGAAACAAGCUGCAACCAAACGUCUGCCCUGAUAUGCAUGACUUGCAUUUUUCAUCACCCAGCCACCAGCCAGCCGCAAGAGCAUGCAAAAAAACAACUUGCAACAGUCCAUACACAGGUACACGGGUUGACUAACGCCGAGUACGCACACGAAUGGAUGUGGAACGAAAAGAACGAAAGAACUGAUUCACUGAUCUGGCAAUCCGCUCACAGGCUGAUCAAAAGAUUCAGUUCUUUGAAAGAGCGAAAUCUUUCGCUCUCAGAAGAACUGGUUCUUCCGAUGACUCUUUUGUUCAGCUCGCAGGCAAUCCGUUCGCGAUCAGGAGAUUUCGAUCUUUUAAAGAACUGAUUUUCUGAUCAGCUCGGGAGCGGGUUGUCUGCAUAGAUUCAAAAGAGCAGUGAACCAGUUCUUUCGCUCUUUUCGUUCCACUUUUCGUUUGCGUCCCGGCGUUAGCCAGCCCGUGUGCUGUGUGUGAACUGUGGCAAGUAGAUUUUAUUUUUUAUUCCCGCGGCGGGUGGAUGGUUAUGCAUAGGAGAGCAGGCAGCCGGCGGUAGCUAUUUUCUGGGAGUUCUAUUGCAGUGUCGCACGCCGCAUUGCGCUUGGGGUGUAAAACAUUCAUAUGGCUCUCGCUUGCGGUGUCUAAUCAACAAAAUCGGUUUCAGCUUUUUGCUUGAAGUAAGGGGUGAGUUACCGCUCUUUAAAAAAGAGCGAUAGAUCACUCACGCACUUUGAAGAACCAGCUCUUUAGAUCAGUUCGUGAGCGGAUUGCCCACCUCUACUGUCUGGUCAUUUAAAGAUUGCAUUUUAGGUGUGUUUGUACCGUUUGUACUACAACUAUUGUGUUUUGUGUGAAUAGUUAUUAUAGGCUGUAAUGGCGAUCGAACAUACAACAAAUUCGUGGGAUUCAGUUAGAUAAAAUUAUUUUCAAAUUCGUGAAUUGUUGACAUUCGAGCACACGCCCAAUAAAAAAAUAUUCGACGCCUUAUCUUACCGCUCUUUUUUUCUCAUUUAGGCCGUUAUAAAUUUUAUUUCUAUUUUAUGUCACCCCCCCCCCCCCCCCUCAAAAAUCUUGAAUAUUGGAAGGGAAGGAAAAAAAAGCUCAAACUGUUUUGUUCAUUUUAUUGGUUUUCUGACAGCAUAAAUGCUUUAUUUAGCAACAAACAAGUCCAGUGACAGCGAGAGUGUCUCCAAAAAGCAAGCGAAAUAAAUAGUAAUAAUAAUAAAAAGUGUUAUUUUGCAAUAUUUAUUUGAGUGCAAGAUACAAACGUCAUAACUUGCACACAAACUUUGGUCAAAGAUAUUUCUUUUUUUCGUCUCGGUGUUAUUUAUUUUUUGCCACCCCCUUUGCUCACUUUAAUAACCUUGGACAUAAAAAGAAUUCGAAAUUUGUAUUAGCCUUAUUUAUUUAGUCGGCAUCAACAGACAACAGCUGCCCUAAUAAUGGUUCAGUAUCUCAAACUAAUAAUAAUCAUGAUCACUACAAUAUAAUACGAUAUGAUACAACAAUAAUUUUAUUAAUCGUCAUUUGUAGUAAAAACACAGAAAAGUUACGGCGGAUUGUAUCACGAGAUAAACUAAAAUCAAACACGGAAGCUACCUUGUUUGAAACUCGCUGUAUACCGCCCAAGCCCUGUUUUGUCCGUAGUUGGUGUGUUGAAAAGGUAUUCUCAGAAAAUAAUUAUUCCUCAGUGCUCUAGGACCCCCUGCAACGUAUCAGCGGCAAACAAGGCCAUAGCGAUUUUUCUUCGUACCUGGAGAGUUUCCAAGUGAAUUGAUCACCAUCGGUUCUCAUAUGUCGGUAAACGAAACCGAUUAAGGCAAGGUAGACGACGGAGAGCGAAGCGUAAUAAGCGGCGUUGAACCGAUUCAAUCCGUUUCCUCCCGUUUUGAUAUUAUGGAUGCCAGACAACGGAACAGUAUUCGAAAGUGAAACGGACGAGUGAACAGUAUAGUUCUUUAAGACAAUACACGCUGGUAAAGUUCUUAGCGAUACGAAUAAUAAAUCCAAAAGUUUUGGCUGUAAACGGCUGAAAAAUGCGUACCAUCGGUACCAAGUGAACCUACAGGAAUAAAAAAGACCCCACACGUGGUCAUUAGCCUCCUAUCGAGCCACUCCAAUCCCAACCUCCACGCGGUGCCAAAAAGGAUACGAGCAACCAAGGGAAGAUCGGGUAACCAACCCUGGUGGCAACUUGGUCGGAUGCUGACAGCAAAUAUCUUAAAAUAAUAUAGUUCACUCUCGAAUUUCCCAUAUAUUCCCGUGAAGACAGACAGGGAACACCCCCUCUUGUGGUGAAAAAG